UACCAUUACUGUAUAAAUAUCAAAGAGGUCUGUCACAUUAAAAACAAAGAAGAUGGUAUUGGUUAUUGAUAUAUUCAGUAGUAUUAUUAACUGAAGUAUUACUUUGAAAUCAAGUGUUAUAGUGAUAAUUAUUCCGGUCAAAAUUCAUAAUGUUAAAAGCCAGGAAGUAUGUGGUAAAAAAACAUUUCCAAGGAGUUCCAAAACGCGAAGACUACGAGAUAGUUGAAUAUGAUCUCUUGCCGAUAAAAAAUGGAGAAAUUCUUGUGAAAUCCGAAUGGAUUAGUGUAGAUCCUUACCUUCAAGUCCACAACCCUUUCCACCAAGUGCCAUACGACCAGUUCAGUUUCCAGGUCGGCACAGUAUUAGAAUCUAAGAACCCGAAAUUUCCGGUAGGCACUAAAGUUGUGUCCCAUAAAGGCUGGUGUGAUUAUGGCAUUAUUGAUAAGUUUGAUGAUCCUUUCGAAAGAGUUUACAAAUUACCUGAUUUGAGAGGUCUUCCUGAGGAGCUGGCUGUGGGCACAUUAGGUAUGACUGGCGUAACAGCAUAUUGCGGCUUUCUAGAAUUAUGUGUACCAAAACCUGGUGAGACUGUAAUCGUAACGGGAGCUGCAGGCGCUGUCGGCUCAAUUGUAGGUCAAAUUGCCAAAAUCAAGGGAUGUAAAGUGAUUGGAUUCGCGGGCUCAGAUGAAAAAGUACAGUGGCUUGAAAGCGAACUAGGAUUCGACAAAGCAAUUAAUUAUAAAACAGCAGAUAUAAGUCUAGCUUUGAAAGAAGCCGCCCCAAGCGGAGUGGACUGUUAUUUUGAUAAUGUAGGAGGAGAAAUAAGCAGUACAAUUAUAAGUCAGAUGAAUAGAUUUGGAAGAGUAGCAGUAUGCGGUUCUAUUAGUGCGUAUAAUGAGGAUCCUACAAGAUUACCCAAAGCAACGAUAAUGCAGCCUUCCAUAAUAUUUAAUGAAUUAAAAAUUGAAGGAUUCACUGUGCUGCGAUGGUCAAACCCUGACAGGUGGCCUCAAGCAAUCGCCGAUUUGGCAGAAUGGAUUCGAAGUGGUAAGAUACGGGCAAAAAGUCAUAUCACAAAAGGCUUUGAUAAACUUUUUGAUGCUUUUAUCGGUGUCUUGAAAGGAGAAAAUAGCGGUAAAGCUGUUGUGAAAGUGUAAUAUUAUUACAGUAUAAAUUUUUCGUAGGAAAUUAUUAGAAAUAUUUUUUUUGAUUUGACGUACCACACGAAUCAUAAUUCUGAAACCUUAUAAAUUCUGAACAAGUUAAAAUCUUUAAACAUCUAUCAAUCUAUCUUUUAACCUCUUAUCACACUACAAAUAUUAAAAUAAGUAGGUGUAUAGAACUAGGUAGGUACAUUUCAAUAUAUCACAUGACAAAGCAAAUCCAUCAAUAUUCAGCUUUAUGAAUUUCGU